UCAUGCAGCCUCAAACCCAUGAGUCGGAAACUGUAAACUUGCUCAUUACUGCUCUCUUCGUGGAGUACGAGCGAGACGAAAAUUCUGACUCCUCCGCCGCCGUUCCGGCGAAAAGCUUCUCUUAAGCUUCCCGUUUCUUCUCCAUCAUCUUCUUCCUUACUCUCUGCCCUUUUAAUUCGCUUCAGCAAUUCAAGGAUUCAUUGACGUUAUUACAGAGAUGGGAGAAGUUACCGCUGCUUAUACCAACGGUGUGAUGCCCGCUAGACUGAACAAAGUUGUUUUAGCUUAUAGCGGCGGCUUGGACACAUCGGUUAUCGUACCAUGGUUGCGAGAGAAAUAUGGGUGUGAGGUGGUUUGCUUCACUGCUGAUGUUGGGCAAGGAGUGAUGGAAUUGGAUGGCUUGGAAGCAAAGGCGAAAGCGAGUGGAGCUUGUCAACUUGUUGUGAAGGACCUAAAGGAUGAAUUUGUGGAACACUACGUGUUUCCCUGCUUGCGAGCUGGUGCCAUUUAUGAAAGGAAAUACUUGCUUGGAACUUCCAUGGCUCGUCCUGUCAUCGCCAAGGCCAUGGUCGAUGUUGCCAAAGAAGUUGGAGCUGAUGCUGUUGCUCAUGGGUGUACGGGGAAAGGAAAUGAUCAGGUACGGUUUGAGCUCACAUUCUUUGCUCUGAACCCCAAACUACGUGUUAUAGCUCCCUGGAGAGAAUGGGACAUUACAGGAAGAGAAGAUGCCAUUGAAUAUGCAAAGAGACAUAAUGUGCCAGUCCCCGUCACGAAGAAAUCGAUAUACAGCCGAGACCGAAAUAUUUGGCACCUUAGUCAUGAGGGUGACGUUUUGGAAGAUCCUGCUAAUGAGCCAAAGAAAGAUAUGUACAUGCUAUCCGUUGAUCCCGAGGAUGCACCAAACCAACCCGAAUACGUUGAGAUUGAAAUUGUCUCAGGACUCCCUGUAGCUGUCAAUGGGAAAAAGCUGUCACCAGCCUCCCUUCUCGACGAACUCAACGACAUUGGCGGGAAACAUGGCAUUGGCCGAGUCGACAUGGUCGAAAAUCGUCUUGUUGGCAUGAAAAGCCGUGGUGUGUACGAAACACCAGGAGGAACCAUCCUAUUCACAGCAGCACUUGAGCUUGAAUCCCUAACACUCGACCGUGAAACCAUACAAGUCAAGGACUCACUCGCCCUCAAAUAUGCAGAGCUGGUAUACGCAGGCCGAUGGUUUGACCCCCUCCGUGAAGCCAUGGAUGGAUUCAUGGAGAAGAUAACAGCUAAAACCACCGGAACGGUCACACUCAAACUGUACAAAGGCUCGGUGACCGUAACCGGACGCAAAAGUCCAAACAGCCUAUAUAGACAAGACAUAUCCUCAUUUGAGAACGGGGAUGUGUACAACCAAGCUGAUGCUGCUGGCUUCAUCCAUCUCUAUGGCCUCCCAACUAGAGUCCGAGCAAUGCUUGAACAAGGAAUCUAAAAAGAAAGAAAUGAAAUUUAGUGGAAGUUUGAAUAAAAAAGUUUGGGGGACAUGGGAGUGUGCGUAGCUAGUUUUUACUCAAAAAAAUUUGUACGCUGCGGUUUUUUCGUUGUCAAAAGUCAUUUAGUUGUCCCCCGCCGCACUGGAAAAUGAAUCUUUUAGUAUUUCACUGCAAGGGAAUGCGCUGUCAAAUAAUAGUGCCCACCAGACUCCUCCCUUUUUCUUCUUCAAUGUUUUUAUGAUAUUUUUCUAUCUAAAAAAGCAAAGGGCUAGAUUUGCCUGCCUUCAGCAAUCAACUAUGGCUGCUCAUUUUGUUGUUACUGUGUCUUCCUUUCUGUCUUAAUUCAAAUGCAGAUUCCGAAUCUCUCUACA